AUGGAGGUGGUUAUCUCUGCAGUUCUUGGCGAUGUUAUCAGUAGGUCCAUAUCCUUCUUCGUGGACAGAUACCAUCGGCUGCAGACUGGAGGAGCGGAACAGAGCCUGGAACAGCUACGCAGUGUGCUCCUCCGAAUCCAGGCCAUCGUGGAGGAGGCCGAGAGGCGGAACAUCACGAACCAAGCGAUGCUCCAGCAGCUCGACACGCUUAGGCACGGCAUGUACAGAGGAUACUACGUGCUCGACGUCUUCACCUGCAGAGGCCAUAGUGACGGCGAUGCAGCGGCCAAAGAUGAGGUGAGCAACCACUCAUUCGUCCUGUCAAGAUUCAAUCCGGCCAAGCGUCUCCACCUCUCUGCCCAGUCGCCACAGAACAUGGUGUUCGAUGGCAAAGGUCUCAAUGAGCUCAGGAAAGCACUCUGUGGCCUUGAGAUGAUUGUCACCGACAUGGCAGAGUUUGUGGUGUUCUUGAAGAGCUACCCUCCGGUGUCCCGACAACCUUGCAGCAGCUACUUGUUUUCGGACAUGUAUAUGUUUGGUCGCCACACAGAAUAUGAGAGGAUCGUGAGCUUUCUGCUGCAGAUUGGGCCUCCUGGUACAGGAAAUUGUAGUGUUCUACCAAUAGUUGGACCAGUAAGAAUUGGAAAGACCACCCUCGUUGAGCAUGUUUGCUACGACGACAGGGUGCGCAGUUACUUCUCCUCGAUUGUUUUCUUCAGUGGAGACGAUCUUGAAUGCAUGACAGUGAAGGCGAAUACUCUGCAAGACAGUGGUGUUAUCAAGUAUAGAAAUGGUGCCUCUGAUGGGAGGUUACUGAUGAUUCUAGAACUUAUUGGGGACUUGGAAAAUGAAACAUGGGGAAGGUUAUGCUCUUCACUGAGCCAUAUGGCAUAUGGGAGUAAAAUCAUAGUUACUAGCAGGUCAGAGAGGAUCAUGCGUUUUGGAACAACACAGGCUCUCCAACUGAAUGUUUUGCCCCAGGAAGCUUACUGGUACCUUUUCAAAAUGGUUGCGCUCAGAAGUGCUGGCCCCGAGGACUAUCUGCAGCUAUCAUCUAUAGCUAUGGAGAUUGCAGCUGAACUGAAUUCUUCUUUCAGUAGUGCAUACAUAAUUGGCACCUUACUGAGAGCUAAUCCUGUUGUCUGGUUUUGGCGCAAGGUUCUUGAGCACAUCAGAGAAUUCACUGCCAAGCAUUUACUUAUGUUUGGCGAACACCCCAUUAGUCUAUUGCAGAAAGACCAACCUAUAUACAUCUGGAGGAUGACCGGCAAUUCUGAAGCCCUUAUGGUUAUAGCCCAUCGCUGUUAUCAGCUACCUGAUGAGUUGCAGCAUAAUGACAUCACGCCGUAUGGUGGUGAAGAAGAAGCGCUCUCGGUUGCAUAG